GGAGGACUGUCCCUGCUGAGCCCAGGACCUCCACCUAGCAGGCCUGUUUGUAGGGUUGGGGUUAUUCCUCUUCUAAGAUGCCGCUGUCGCGUUCCCUGUCCAUGACGUCCCUGAGCGGCCUGCUGCCGGCCUGGGAGGAGGACGAGCUGCCCGUGGAGGACCUGCUGCUCUUCGAGGUGGCCUGGGAGGUCACCAACAAAGUCGGAGGAAUCUACACAGUGAUUCAGACCAAAGCCAAGAUCACGGUGGAUGAAUGGGGGGAGAACUACUACAUGAUGGGGCCCUACUUCGAACACAACUUUAAGACCCAGGUGGAGGGCUGCGAGCCACCAAACCCCGCCAUCAGGAAGGCCAUGGAUGCCCUCAUCCAGAAUGGCUGCCAGGUUCAUUUUGGCCGCUGGCUGAUUGAGGGCAGCCCCUACGUGAUCCUGUUUGACAUCAGCUCUGCAGCUUGGAACUUGGACCGCUGGAAGGGGGACCUGUGGGAGACCUGCAGCAUCGGCCUGCCCUACCACGACAGAGAGGCCAACGACUCGCUCAUCCUGGGCUCCCUGAUCGCCUGGUUCUUCAAAGAGUUAACAGACCAGCUGGGAGACAAACCCAAUGUCAUUGGUCAUUUCCACGAGUGGCAGGCGGGUCCAGGGCUUAUUCUCUCUCGCUCCCGCAAGAUCCCCAUGGCAACAGUCUUCACCACACACGCCACCCUGCUGGGACGAUACCUCUGCGCCGGGAAUGCCGACUUUUACAACAACCUGGACAAGUUCAAUAUUGACAAGGAGGCAGGUGAGAGGCAGAUCUACCAUCGUUACUGCCUGGAGAGAGCGGCAGUCCACUGUGCUCACGUCUUCACCACAGUGUCCCAGAUCACUGCUGUGGAGGCCAACCACAUGGUUCACAGGACACCAGAUGUGGUGACCCCCAACGGUCUGAAUGUGAAGAAGUUUUCGGCCAUGCAUGAGUUCCAAAACCUGCACUCCACCAGCAAGGCCCGCAUCCAGGAGUUUGUCAGAGGACACUUCUAUGGUCAUCUGGACUUCAACCUGGAGAAAACCCUCUUCAUGUUCAUCGCUGGACGAUACGAGUUUUCCAACAAGGGUGCUGAUAUUUUCCUUGAAUCACUGUCCAGACUCAACUACCUACUGCGGGUCCACAGAAAUGAUGUGACAGUGAUAGUCUUCUUCAUCAUGCCAGCUAAAACCAACAACUUCAAUGUGGAGUCACUAAAGGGACAGGCGGUGCGGAAACAGCUCUGGGACACAGCUCACACUGUGAAGGAGAAGUUUGGCAAAAAGCUGUAUGACGCUCUGUUAAAAGGGGAGAUCCCCGACAUGAACUCCAUUCUGGAGCGAGACGACUUCACCAUUAUGAAGAGAGCUAUCUACGCCACUCAGAGACACAGCCUCCCUCCAGUGACCACUCACAACAUGCUGGACGACACAACUGAUCCCAUCCUGUCCAACGUCAGACGCAUCGGCCUCUUCAACUCCAGGAACGACCGAGUCAAGAUUAUCUUCCACCCUGAGUUCCUGUCCUCCACCAGUCCUCUGUUGCCCAUGGACUAUGAGGACUUUGUUCGUGGCUGUAACCUUGGAGUGUUCCCCUCCUACUAUGAACCAUGGGGAUACACACCUGGUGAAUGUACUGUAAUGGGCAUUCCCAGUGUGACCACCAACCUCUCAGGUUUCGGCUGCUUCAUGGAGGAGCAUGUCUCAGACCCUACUGCCUAUGGUAUUUACAUUGUGGACCGGCGGUUCCGUUCGGCCGAGGAGUCCUGUAACCAGCUGACCCAGUUUAUGUUCAGUUUCUGCCAGCAGUCUCGGCGCCAGCGCAUCAUCCAACGGAACCGAACUGAGAGGCUGUCUGAGCUGCUGGACUGGAGAUACCUGGGACGGUUCUACAUACAAGCCCGCCAUCUUGCCCUUAGCAGAGCUUUCCCAGACAAGUUCAAGAUGGACCCCAUGGCCCCUCUGAAGGCAGAAGGUUUCCGUUACCCCCGGCCCUACUCGGUGCCCCCUUCACCAUCUGCCUCCCUCCACUCCACCCCCCACCACAGUGAUGUGGAGGACGAUGAUGAUGACGAGCCCUAUGAUGAAGACGAGGAGGCUGAGAGGGACCGGCUGAACAUCAAGGCCCCCUUCGUCCUGGGUGCCGUGCCGGAGGGCAAGAAGAAGCAACCAGGAGAGUCAGGCAACUGAAAUCUACCAUACAGAUUGUACACAGGUUUACUGCUGGAUGUGUAGUGAGUAAUUAUCAUCAUAUUCUUACACACCCGCUGCAAUAAAAUCCCCCAUCUCCACUGCCAUCACUUAGUGUACUUCCACCACUGCUGCGAAGGUUGCACUAAAAUAAGAAACACAAAUUGAACGUUUCUUGAAGGUUUGUGGAUUUGAGUUAAAAUUAAAAAAAAGUUAUGCAAGUUAUUUACUAGCCCGGAUCCAGGUCCAUCACAAAACCCGGUCUCGAGGCUCAGUUUAAUCAUGGCGUUCCCCAAGGCUCCAUUCUGGGCCAACUGUUGUGUUCAACGUGCUUCCUCAGUUAGGCCACAGAAUGAUGACCUCCAUCACUAUGCAGACGACACACAGUUAUAUGUUCUAAUGUAAUCCAAUAAUGUCUAACUAAUCUUGUCUGCCUUAAUGACAUUGAAAUAAAAAAUGUAUUUUCUAAUCA